UUCCAUGCAAAUUUUGAGCAAAUACAGUGCAGAAACUAUUUCAAGCGGAAAAAUCUUCUGUUCUUGCCUCGGGCGCAAAAGGAGCUAGCUACUAUCUCCUCGUGAAAUCCAGGCAUUCGGGAAUAAAAGCCAACAGUAACUUCUUAUACGAGAAUAUCCACAUCUGACAUCACUUCCUGUUUCCUGUCCUAUGUGCUCUCACUUAAAGGGGAAGAGAUGAGGAAAUCCAGCUAUGUCCCUUCCAGUUUAAAGAACGCCUGUUCACGUGUUUGAAUGGAAGAGCGAGGAAGAGGAGGAGGAGGAGGAGGGAGAUUUGUUUUAGCUGCAGUCUGCACGGUCCUGGCUAAGAAGACAACAAAGAGCAGUUGACAUUCCUAUUGCAUCUCCUUAUUGUCUCCUUUACAAGAUGAAGGGAACCUUCACAAGUCAUCCAAUGAAGAUGGACAAAAAAAGGAAAGAACUGACUGAAAGUAUAUUCAACAUCACCAUAGAGAUUCUCUACCUACUGACUGGAGAGUAUUCUUCCCCAUACACAGGAUUACACAUUAAUGAAGAAGAUGUCUAAUGACCAUAUGAGCCCCAUCAUGCAGCCUCCGCCUCAAGCACUGAUACAUGAGAGACACAAUGAUCGGAAGAUACUAAGACUUACCCAGAAGAUGAUGGAACUGCUAACCGGGGAGGUUCCUAUAAGGUGUGAGGAUGUCAGCGUCUAUUUCACCAUGGAGGAGUGGGAGUAUUUAGAGGAGCACAAUGAUCUGUACGAGUACAUCAUAAUGGAGAAUCAGCAGACCCUCAUGUCACCAGAUGGAAUCGGUAAGAGAAAUCCAUCGGGGAGAUGUUCCAUUCGGCCGUCUUCGCAGGAUUGUGUAGCCAGAAAUUUGGAUUUCAGAGAGGCUGAUCAGGAGGCGGAAUCUGAUUUUACAGCCACGGCGGAGGCUUCUGUGAUGGUUGAGCCAAAGCUUGAGGAGAGGGAAAUUCCUGUAGAUAAGAUCCUCGAAAAUGAGUGCACUGAGGGCUCAGAAGAACCUCUUGUUUUAUCCAUAGGUUGUCAAAUUGAAGACAACAAUAAAACACAAGAUACUCCUGAAGAACACCCCUAUAACACAAACUGGGCCUCAGUCCUUCACAACAGAGAUGUGUUAUCCGGCCAUCCCUAUUGUGAUGAAACUUCGGAUCAGUCAAAGAUGGCUACACAAAGUUUAGGCCUCCGAGAUGGGAGAGUAUUUCCAUGUUCAGUAUGUGGGAAACAUUUCAUACAGGAAUCGGAUCUUAUCAUACAUGAGCACAGUCACUCCGGGGAGAAGCCAUCUACAGGUUCACAAUAUUUGGAAUGUUUCCCUUCUAAAACCAAACUGUGGGUUCCUGAGAUAAUUCACACAGGAACAAAACCCUAUUCAUGUUCAGAAUGUGGAAAAUGUUUUUCAAAGAAAGCGAAUCUGCUUAUCCACGGGCGCAGUCACACCGGAGAGAAACCAUUUUCAUGUUCCAAAUGUGGAAAAUGCUUUUCACAGAAAUUCAAACUGGUCGUACAUGAGCGCCGUCACACUGGAGAGAAGCCAUUUUCAUGCCCUGAAUGUGGGAAAUGUUUUACCAGUAAAUCUGUUCUCGUUCAACACGAGCGCAUUCACACAGGGGAGAAGCCGUUCUCAUGUCCAGAAUGUGGGAAAUGUUUUACCAGGAAAUCUGUUCUUAUUGUACAUGAGCGCAGUCAUACAGGGGAGAAGCCAUUCCUAUGUACCGAAUGUGGAAAAUGUUUUAUUACGAAAGCCAUUCUUAAUGAACAUCAGAGAAUUCACACAGGAGAGAAGCCAUUCUCAUGUUUAGCAUGUGGGAAAAAUUUUACACAGAAAUCAAAACUUAAUCUACAUCAAAAAGUUCACCCGUGUGCAACCUAGUUUUUUAAGAGGACCGAGCUUUUGAACCCAAGAUGAGAAGAAGUGACUACAUACCCCUAGUUAAAACCUGUCAUUAGUUUCAUGCUGUGCUAAAUAAAAACUAAGAUGCAGGAUGUAUUUUUAAACCAUUUUUGUAUCUCUUAUGCUGUUUAUAGGGACACUACUGUCCGAAGGGGGGAUUUAUUAAUUAAUUUAUUUAUUUUAAACUCAAUAUUUAUGAAAAAAAU